CCUGCCUGAUGGAUUAGUAAUUUCAGCAGUGGGGCCCUUUUGAAGGGAGACCAGCAGAUAAUUGACUGUCAAACAGCUGAGCAAUGUUAAGGUCAAUUGGUGCUGAGGUCUGAGCAUUCUGGAAUCUCCGACAAAUAUUCCUCCACUUGCUUUGGAUUUUCUUGCUUGGAAUUUAUCUUGGGUCAUGAAAGAUUCCUCUUCUUCCUUCAUUCCCAGAGGACGGCACUUUUUCAACUGCAAUUUUGAAUUACCUUGUGAUCUAGAAUAUUCUCCACCAUUGAGAGGAGAUCAUAACCAGACCUGGCACAGAGUGAGUGCGGAUGAGCUCUCGCAGCUCCAUUUUUCAGAUGGUCCGGAGAGGGAUUAUUCAGAAGAGUCAACAGAAGGUUCAUUCCUGUACCUUCGUACAUCAGAAAGUAUGAACUUCCUCAUUCUGAGCCCUUGGCUGAGAAGCAAUAGUGAAGAAUGUACUGUUCAAGUAGCUGUCUACAGAUAUCCCCAACAAAGCGGGGUGUACAUCGCUCAGGUCCUGCAGGUCAAUGAAAGCAGCAUGAAAAUCCCAUUGACCCCGAGCAGAGAAAAAUAUGGAUGGGUGCUUCUCCAGGAAAGAGUUGGACUCCGUGAGAAACCAUUUCGGAUCUCCUUGGAAUAUAUUGCUGGUGGGAACCAAAGUGUGGCUGCCAUUGAUUCGUUUGCUAUGAAGAACUGCAGCACAGGCUCUCCUUCUGCACCCAAAAUGGCAUUACAGAGUUCUUUCUGCUGCCAGAAUGGUACAGUGAUCAAGCUGGGACAGGUGUGUGACUUCGUCAGGGACUGUGAAGAGGGAGAAGAUGAGGGACAGCUGUGCAAAAAACUUCCUUCUGGCUUCUACUGCUCCUUUGAAGAUGGAGAUUGUGGCUGGACUCAAAGUUUAUCAGGAUCCCAAGACACACAUCUGUGGCGAAUUGGUAAUCUACAGCAUAACCACUUCUGUUUUCUGAAAGAAUGUACUCUUUUGCUUAAUACCAGUGAGAGCUCAGCUGCAGAAACAGUUGUGGUGGCAAGUGCUGUGUUUCCAUCACCAAUGAAAAAUUCUCCCUGUGAGCUUCGAAUGUCAUGGCUCCUUCAUGGUGUCUUGCUUGGAGAUGUUUCUCUGGUCCUUGUUGAGAACAAGACUGGGAAGGAGCAGAGCAGGAAGCUCUGGCAUUUUGAUAACAGAAAAGGAAUGGGGGUCUGGCAGAAGAUGGUCAGGCCUCUCACUGAUGUGUCAGACAGGUUUUGGCUUCAGAUUGUAACUUCAUGGAAAGCUGGAUCAGAAGCCAUCAUUGCUUUUGAUAAUUUCUCUCUCAGUCUGGACUGUUACUUGACAAUUAAUGAAGAAAGGACACAUCGAGACAAAAGCCCAGAUGUAGGCAACCUGUCAGUCGAAAGGCGUGGUCAUGAAAAGGAAGCUGGGGGUUCAGGAAACCCAAAGUACUUUUACAAUGGCACUGUUGACCUGGCAGUUCAUUGGCUAUUCACCACUUGCGGUGCCAGCGGACCUGAAGGGCCCGUCCAGACCCAAUGCAAUGAUGCCUAUAGGAACUCCAACCUCAGUGUAGUGGUAGGGACAGAAGAUAAUUUCCCAGGCGUUCAGAUUUGGAGAGUGCCUGAAACCAAUACUUACAGCAUCUCAGUGUAUGGGGCAGCUGGUGGCAAAGGGAAAAAUACCAUAAUGAGGUCACAUGGUGUUUAUGUGGUGGGGAUUUUUAAACUCCAGAAGAAUGAAGCCCUAUAUAUUUUGGUGGGACAACAAGGAGAAGAUGCCUGUCCUAGUACCAACCACAUCAUACAGAAAGUUUGCAUUGGUGAGAAUAAUGUAGUUGAAGAAGAAAUUAAAGCAAACAAGACCAUCCAUGAAUGGGCAGGAGGAGGAGGUGGUGGUGGAGGAGCAACUUAUAUAUUUAAGAUGGAGAAUGGGAAACCAGUGCCCUUGAUCAUUGCAGCAGGAGGAGGUGGCAGGGCCUACAGGGCAAAAGCAUAUACAGUUGACCCAGAAAGACUGGAGAAUGAUACAAGUGUCCCAGGAGUCAGUGGAAAACCAGGAGCAGCAGGUGGUGGAGGUGGCUGGAAUGAUAACACUUCCUUCCUCUGGUCGGGAAAAUCUUUGCUGGAAGGCGCUACCGGUGGAAAAUCCUGCCCCCAGGCCAUGAAGAAGUGGGGGUGGGAGACAAGAGGGGGUUUCGGAGGGGGUGGAGGGGGGUGCUCCUCAGGUGGAGGAGGCGGAGGAUAUAUAGGUGGCAAUGCAGCAGAAUUUAAUGAUCCAGAGAUGGAUGGAGAGGAUGGUGUGUCUUUUAUUAAUAGCAAAUAUGGUUCAUUGUAUACCCCAGCUUUAAAAGUGACGGAAGGUCAUGGAGAAGUUGACAUUAGGCUGCAUGUGAAUUGUAGCCACUGUUAUAGUGACAUGUGUCAUGUGGAGCCGAAGACCCUGGAAAUUAUUUGCAGUUGUGCUCAUGGGUAUAUGUUGGCUGAUGAUGGCGACUCUUGCAUAGCUGAACCGAUACUGCCUGAUAACAGUCCCCCUCUCUCCUUGGUCUUGUCUGUAGUAACAUCAGCCCUGGUUGCUGCACUCAUUCUUGCCUUCUCGGGAAUCAUGAUAGUGUACCGCCGGAAACAUCAGGAACUGCAAGCCAUGCAAAUGGAGUUACAAAGCCCUGAAUACAAACUGAGCAAGCUGCGCACCUCCACCAUUAUGACUGACUACAACCCCAAUUAUUGCUUUGCAGGAAAGACCACUUCUAUUAGUGACCUCAAAGAGGUCCCUCGGAAAAAUAUUUCUCUGAAAAGAGGAUUGGGUCAUGGAGCCUUCGGGGAGGUGUAUGAAGGUCAAGUGGUUGGAAUCCCCAGUGACCCCAGUCCAUUGCAAGUAGCUGUCAAAACUUUGCCAGAGGUUUGUUCUGAGCAAGAUGAGUUGGAUUUCCUCAUGGAAGCUCUUAUAAUCAGCAAAUUCAACCAUCAGAAUAUUGUGCGCUGCAUUGGGGUUAGUUUGCAAGCGCUGCCACGCUUUAUUCUGCUGGAGCUCAUGGCUGGAGGAGACUUGAAAUCUUUUCUAAGAGAAACACGACCUAGACCGAGCCAUCCUUCCUCCUUGACCAUGCUGGACCUGCUUCAUGUGGCUCGUGACAUUGCUUGUGGCUGUCAGUAUCUGGAAGAAAAUCAUUUCAUCCACAGAGACAUUGCUGCUCGAAAUUGCCUUCUCACUUGUAAAGGACCUGGGAGAAUAGCAAAGAUUGGAGAUUUUGGGAUGGCCCGGGACAUAUACAGGGCCAGCUACUAUAGAAAAGGAGGAUGUACAAUGCUGCCGGUCAAGUGGAUGCCACCUGAAGCUUUCAUGGAAGGGAUAUUCACUUCUAAAACAGAUACCUGGUCAUUUGGAGUGUUGCUGUGGGAAAUAUUCUCUCUUGGAUAUAUGCCCUAUCCCAGCAAAAGUAACCAGGAGGUUCUGGAGUUCGUAACAAAUGGAGGAAGGAUGGACCCACCUAAAAACUGCCCAGGCCCUGUGUAUCGGAUAAUGACUCAGUGCUGGCAACACGCGCCUGAAGACAGGCCAAACUUUGCUAUAAUAUUGGAGAGGAUUGAAUACUGCACCCAGGAUCCGGAUGUAAUCAACACUGUUUUACCUGUGGAAUAUGGGCCAUGCAUUGAAGAAGAAGAAAAGGUCCCAGUCCGCCCUGAAGACCCUGAAGCAAUUCCUCCUCUGCUCGUCUUGCCACAGCAAGACAAGAAGAGUGUCGAACAGCUCUUGCCUUCCCCACCCUCUCUGGCCUUAGCCAUUCCUGCAGCAAAACCACAAGUGAAAGCAGUCAAGGCAGAGCCUGCCAUCCAUGCUAAUACACAAGGAGCCAUGGAAGGGGGACACGUCAACAUGGCAUACACUCAGUCCAAUCCCUCUACUGAGCUACAUAAAGGGCGGGGGUCCAGAAACAAACCCACCAACCUCUGGAACCCAACAUAUGGCUCCUGGUUUUCAGAGAAGCCAGUUGUCAAAAACAAUUCACAGGCAGAAAAAGAGGCAACUGAGAGGGAAAGUUUAGGACAUGAAGGGAACUGUACUUUGGGGCUCAGCAUUGUGACUGGAAGGUUGCCAAGCUCCUCCCUUCUUCUAGAACCAUCUUCACUGACAGCCACUGUUAAGGAAGUGCCUCUGUUCAGGCUCCGCCAUUUCCCCUGUGGAAAUGUUAACUACGGAUACCAACAGCAGGGUUUGCCCUUGGAAAUCUCGGCCCCACCUUGUGCCAGCAGUUAUGAGGACCCUCUCCUUCGGAACAAGAUCCAUGUAACUCAUCAGGGGCCUUGAAAGCCCUUUGUCCUCUGAACUCUCUUCCCCAUGUGACUCAUGAGCCUUGGAGCAAAUUUCAGGGUCACUAGUCCACAAGAACAGAACAAGGUUCCUGUCCUUGAUGUGCCAAUUUGCUUUGAAGUGCCACCCUUUAAAGCUGGGUUUUCAAAUACACCAAGAGGCUUCAGUUGGUCAGAGCCCCUUCCUACACAAGACAAACUAGAGCAACAUACAGUAUUCUCAGCAAGGCCCGUGUCACAACUGCAUAAAGUCAUCUGCAUGGUUGUUCGCUAUACCCUUCCCUAUGUGUGGCUUUCUUUUGGUUGUUUAUGCGCCAUUUCAAGAUUCACUGUCCAACGUUUUUAUGCUUUGGAAUUUCUUAUACUGCCCAAUUUGAGGAUCC